AUGGAAGACUUACUUAUUCAGCGGUGCCGUGGAUUUCGCCUCUUUCGCAACGAGCACAGUGUGUCGUCUACCGCUGUGCUCAAAACACUGCAGUGCAAUACGCCUGCUGAUGCAUCCCCUCUCCAGGUAUGCCUACCUCAGCCCAACUUUGCAUCCUCUCCUAGGCAGUGCGCCCCAUCCAAGGCCAUCAGUCUCAUCAAUCAAUACUGUGCCCGCCUGCCUAGUGAUUUUCUCACCAGCCUCACCCCCCGAUGGCGUCUAUUGGAGGCAAAGGCUGACGAAAUUGCUCCAACACUGCGCAAAAACGCCCAAUUCUGUGAACAGGAUGCAAAUGAGGCCACCGUCAGUGGCCACGCAAACACCGCCACACUUUACCAGUGUUGUUUGCGUCUGCCUAUCAACUCCCCUGUGAAGAAAGAAAUCAGAGGCAAGUGGAUGGCAUGCAAAAAGUUGGCAAAAAUAUCAACGGCCAUGCGCGCUCUCGGCCUUCUUCGGCUUGCCAAAGAAGUCGACACUCGAGGCGAACCAUCCUCUCGCGAGGUGUUAAUCUCUCUACCGAAGCUUCCACCUCGUUCUACGUCGGCGCUCCCUACAGGCUCUAGUACCGACCGUGAUUCAUCUCUUGAUUCCAUGUAUAGCUCAUCCCGACGUCGGCAGUACUACUACAAGAAGGUGCCCGACCUGAUGACCUGUUGUUUACCGGCCGCAGACUCACAGAACUACCUCUUCUUCAUUGAUCUUCGUCUGAAUGCCUGCGCCCCGGACGCACAGAACGUUCGCAACCGACCCUGUCAUCGUCCCGAAUCAGAAGCCCUAGGCUUUGGCCUACUCAGUAGAAAGCCUCUGUAUCAUGUUAGCGCAUUUCCCCACUUUUCACUCUUUAUAUUUCAGUGCAGUUGA